CGCAGCCUCCUGCCUGUUCGCAGCUCUCCGCUCUCUUCUCUCCGCCUGUCCUCCUGUAUUGCGCGCGCACACAUACACAUAUAUGCAUGCAUGCGCACACUUUCACUCUUUCUUUCUCUCUCUCUCUGUCUCAGUCACAUCGGUCCCGUGCAGACUUGAGGAAGCCCCGGAGAGGAGAUGAUGCCGGUGGUGCUUCUGUUGGAGCUCCUUUGGUGAUUUUUCCAGGGUUUUUUUUCCCCAUUUAAACAAACAGAAAACUAGACUCAGAGAAAUGUUGAUGCAACAGCACCUCUUCUCUCCGCGCUGUGUUGAUCUGCCUGCCGUCUGCCCAGCAUCAGCCCAUUUUGGGGGGAUUUAAGCGACAGAGAGUGUGCUGCGCCGGCUGUGCGCUCUGCGGCUCUGGUGCACUGGAUCUUCUUCGUCUCCGCUUUAAUUCACACAGAAGGAUGAUCAGUUCUUUGCGCCGACAGGAAUAUUACUACUUCAGCUGUCAAUACUCUUAUCCACUUCUUUGCCCCGGCCAGAUCACAGUCUGAGGCGCCCCGGUCCCCUGAAGGGAAGAAGAAGCAUGUCAGAGGCACCUGUGUUGCACAUGGAAAUGAGCCGUCUGCUGCUGCUACUGCUGGACUCCAGCCUCUAAACUAAAGAGAUUAUCCCCAAAAUAACAGAAGAAAUUGGAUCCUAAGAGUUUCCUUCUGACCAGCUGAGAAUUCCUGUAGCUGCUUAACCAGCUCUAUGAUUUUCUGACUUCCCAAGCCUGCGAUUUUGGCAUCUGACUAAGAGGUGAUUAGAGAAAUCCCCCGGACCCUGUCAGAAACUCAGAAUCAGCACACUUAUACACUGAGAUGACCCAAGAACAGUGCACUCAUAGGAACAAUGUCCAGAGUUCAGAGAAACCACAAGUGUACAAAGUGGGAAUAUACGGCUGGAGGAAACGCUGCCUUUACUUCUUCGUCCUGCUGCUGAUGAUCCUGAUCCUGAUCAACUUGGCACUAACUAUCUGGAUCCUCAAAGUCAUGAACUUCACCAUAGAUGGGAUGGGAAACCUCAGAAUAACAGAGAAGGGCCUGAAACUGGAGGGGGACUCUGAGUUCCUCCAACCCCUCUAUGCCAAAGAAAUCCAGUCCAAACCAGGCCGCCCACUGUUCCUGCAGUCAUCCAGGAACGUGUCCGUCAAUAUCGUCAACAACAACAACAAGCUGCUCACACAGCUCGUCACAGGAUCCAGUGGAUUUAAAGCACGAGGCAAGAUGUUUGAAGUGAAAUCCACCUCUGGGAAGCUCCUGUUCUCCGCCGACGAGCAGGAGGUGGUGGUGGGUGCAGACCGGCUCCGAGUGAUGGGGGCCGAAGGAGCCGUGUUCAGCAAAUCAGUGGAGACGCCGCAUGUCAGAGCUGAGCCGUUCAAAGAGCUGCGGCUGGAGUCUCCUACCCGCUCUCUGCUGAUGGAGGCCCCUAAGGGAAUCCAGAUCCUGGCUGAGGCCGGAGACAUCCAGGCCAUCUGCAGGAGCGAGCUGCGACUGGAGUCCAAAGACGGAGAGAUCUCGCUGGAUGCUCAGAGGAUUCGGCUGUUGCAGCUGCCGGAGGGGAAGGCCUCCACCAGCUCCUCGUCCUCUGGGACCAGGCAGACUGUCUACGAGGUUUGCGUUUGCCCCAACGGGAGGCUCUUCCUGUCCCAGGCUGGCACCGGAUCCACCUGCCAGAUCAGCAACAACGUCUGCCUCUAGGACUCAUACGUUCAAAAAUAAACAAACGCAUCCUGAAAGAGAGACGGGCUGAACAGACAGAUGUACACAUAUCGCCUGCCUUUAGGACUGAUUCACAGCUAACACGUACAGAAAUACAAAGACUGCCAGAGCUGAUGGACAAACAAUCAUAGAUACUGUACUUACACAGACACACUGAUGGAAACACUUUACAAUCACAGACUGAUGUUUAGGCCCAACUGAUAUGUUUUAAGCUCCUGACAUGUUCCAGUUUAAUGCAACCUUUUUCUUCCCCUUAAUUUCCUGAGUUGAAGUCGAUCAUCAUGAGAACCUAAAAGUCUCCGCUAAGCUCUUCACACAUAGAGAUCAUUACAUGAACAAGAAGAAACAAAGAAAAAGUUUUUUAAUACAGCUGAGGUCGCCGUCACAUUGGGAAUAAACUGACUCUAUUUAACAAAAGGCCAGUAUUUGUAAUAUAUCUGUGUGAUCCUAACAGUCAUACGCAGAGAUCUGUAAUCACACCACACAUAUUUUAACACGUGAACAUGGUACACACACACACACACACACACAUAUUGUUUGCUUGUAGAAGCCUCCUGGUAGAAACUAAAAGGAAGAUCUCCAGAGAGUUACUGAAAGAGACGCUGACGUGUUCCCUUUCUCUGUCAAGAGCAUUUCAGUACGAGAAUCACUAGGGUGAUCACCCUCCUUUUUUCCUCUGCCUCCAUCUUCUCUUUCCUUCCCUGUAGCUUGCUUCAGUUGAGGUUUUAAACUGCACACCAGUGGUUCUCAAACUAGAGGGUGGGCGCUAAUUUAGAGAAAUGAUUUUUGAAGGGAUGGACGGACUGGAAAGACCUUUGUUUCACAAAGAUUCCACUUGGAUCCUCGUUUUAUUUUUGAUGUUUGAUAUAAAACAAAUACACGUAUAUGCAUCCAAAAACUGUGGGGUCCUAACAUUUUUCAGCCUCUGAAAGAAAGUUUGAGAACUACUGAUGGCGACUGUUCCUAGAGUUCAAUUGGGACAUAAAGAGUUUUGAAAGUCUUUGCGUUCAUUUUAAGUUCAAUUUUAAGCAAACAGCAAUUACAGCGUGCCUCUGUCACAGUUCCUUUAUGAGUUUGUUUGAUUUUGUGGGGAUAUGUUGAUGCUAAAUUGUGACAGUAAGACCGUGUGCAAGUUGCUAUGCUUAUCAGACUGUGAAGCCAUGUUCAUAUCAUAUUGCCUUUACUCAGCUGGGCUUCUGUUCACUUCUUUCCAAAAAAUAUUUGGCUUCAAAGAAACAAACUGCAUGUUCUGCAAAGUGCUCAGUUUGUAAAUUCACGUCUAAAGACAAUGUUAGUUUUCUUCUAAAGCAAAUCUUUUCAUAUUCUUUGAAUUUGCAGAAUUUUUAUUAAAUAUCUAAAGUUUUUUCCUUCAACGGUUUGAGAAAGGAUUCCUUCACAUCCCGUUUAUUAUCUCAGAAUUCUGAGUUUUUCUCGGGACCCUUAGGUUAUUUUCUCUUCAAUGUUGAUAACUUUACCUUGACAGCGAGUCUAGAAAGUAUGCCACAAUAUGGUCACCUGCAGUCCAGCAACCAUCAACUGUCAGUGUAGUUACAAAACAAGCAUGCAGACUUUAAUCCCAGUGUGUAACAUUAAGCACACAAAGCCAGGUUUCUACAGCACUACAUCUACUAAUCACUAGUCUCCGUCAGUGUCUGCGUAAAAUCAGAGUCAAUCUAAGUGAGCCAAAAAAGAGAAAUUAGGGGUGUUUCAGUUGAAGGGAAUGGAGCUAAGCAGUUAAAAUAAUUGUGCAUCUGGACAUCAUAAAAUAUGUCAAAGAGCGAUGUUUCAAGUGGAAGAACAUGUUAGUGUGGUGGCCUCAUGCUUGUACGAGGUGAUCCUGGACGGUAAAGCCAUAGCACGCUGAUCCCGUGGUUAAGUUUUUCUCACGGAAAUCGUUCCCUUAAAAUUCAAAGCAUAAUAAAACCACAACAGGAACAUUCAUGUUUUCCACAUGGGUGUGGUGGUUGGAGGUGGCUAACGGCUAACUAAUUCCAUUUUAUUUAUAUAGCACCAAACCACAAUAAGAGUCACCUAAAAGCGCUUUGUGUUAUAAGGUAAAGCAAAUUUAAAAUUGUCAGAAGAAAAAUGAUCAAAAUUCCAACUUUUGUUCUCUAAAGUUGGAAUUCUGAUGUUUUUAUUCCUGUUCUCUGCCACAGGUCCCAUUUCACUCCGGACGAUCACUUGAACGUGCCCCAUUAACGUCCAGAGAGUUGGAGUUUUAGAUUGUGUUAGAAGGUCUCUGGUUCAGAUCUCCAGUCUAGACUCACUUUGUCGGCCUAAUCUUUUAAUCUUAACUCUUGUAUUCCUCGUGAUAUGACAUGAACAAGGCAGCAGAGGCUGAAGCAUUGAUCUGUUUGAAUUCUUUAAACAUUUAAAGCAAACUGUGUUAACUUUGAAUUCUGUGGAUAUUUUAUUUAAUCUCAUGUAUUGAUUGUAUGCUGUUGUUGUUGCCUGCAUAAAUUCUGACCCCUGAAAAGAGAGCAUCAGCUUCCCUCCUGUCGUCCUAACACUGAAGAAAAUGACGAAAAACAGCAACAGCUUUGAUAUUUCCAAACCUCGCAUAGAAAAACACAAACAUCCAACGUGAGCUGCUCAAACCUCGUCGGUGGUCACCCUACUUGUUUCUUGCACUGGGACAUUUUUUUAAAAAGGACAAAAAAAGAUUUUAAAAAAUACACAAAAAAACUAAAGCGAGCCACUCUGUUGAAAGAGGGGAACUGUGCCUGUGCCUUACGUCGAUGCACUUGUGGCAAGAAAAAGCACAUCACCCAGACUUUCUUUGGCAUCAGUGAGUAUUAUGAUCUCUGAUUUCAGUUGUGUUUCAUCACAAAUCUUUCCCUGUGUGCGAAUGCAAAGACCUUUGUUCCAUAUCUGACUGUAGCGCCCCCUGCUGUCAACACCUGACUCUGCAAAAGGAAGUGCCGGCUUUGUUUUUUUCAUGUAUCACUAAGUUCGUGUUGCUUUACAUGAUCAAAAUCUGAGGUUAAAAUGCGUAACAUGAUCCUGUGGAGUUUAAUUUGCUGGUGUCUUUUAUUUCCACUAGCUCAAAAAUAUCCAGUCACGUACUGCCAUUUUGUCACAAGUGCUGGCAUCCAAGAGAAAUACACAAGGGGGUGUUUGGUUUAGCAGCUACCCUUGGGAAGAGUAGCUUGGAUCUAUUCUAAUGGUUGUCAAAACUCAUCAUUAAAGCUACAGGAGAGGUCGUCAAAUGUCAUCCAUCCAAAUGCUCACGCGGAUUUUCAGGGGGCGAUCGUGGAGGCGAUGAUGAACCAGAAUCUAAAUUUGUUUUUAAUUUUUAUGGUUGGCAUCAAAAUGAAGACUAUAAACAGUAUGAAAGGUGAAUUGAACCUUCAUGACUGCCCAGUGGUUAGUGAAGUCUGUGAAGCUUUAAUUUGAAUGUUUUCACCAUCACCAUCUUGUUGUUUCCAUUCUAGAAGUAUCGCCCCCUGGUGGCCAUUAAAAGCAAUGCAGGUUUCAGGCAUUUCUGGGGUGACUUUGCUUUUCAGAUCCAGUUGGUGUGCCAAUCUUUCAUAUUGUCUGUGGGUUAGACCAGGCUCACUUUUGCCGCUGGCACCAAAGGACAUCUCGUGUGUAUCACUCGGUCUUUGUGUCUGGACACUGUGAGUUCAAUGUAGUGUUUUGAGAUCAGAAGGAAAUUCCCAAAACCAUCCUACGAUACUGCACAGAUAUUGUCGAAAGCUAUCUAGAAUAUCUUCAAUUUAACAUAAAAAGUGUUUUCCACCAAGUCUUGCAGAAUUGUGCAGUAUCAAUAUUCAUGUCUGGCUGCAGAAUUAAAUCUGUGGCAGCAAGUAUGGAAGGUUGCCUAAUUACCAUAUCUGCAAGGCUGUAGUAAUACAUCAGCAAAAGCAUUCACUGACGAUGCGUUUAGUUCCCCCUCGGUUUCUGUUUCCGUUUGGGUCGGGCAGCCAGCCGGUGGUAUGAAAACAUCGCUCACCUGUGAUGUGUAAAUGUGGCAGAAAUCGAGGCAUUUUACAUCUUAAAGAACAUUUUAAGAUGCAAUAACUGGAAGUGCAAAGUUGUGAAGAUCUUUCAUCGAUGCACCGAAAAGGAACUCGACAUUUCCUAUUAAACGCAGUCACAGUAGUGCGCAGCAUUUAUUUUAUUCAUGUCUCAGUUGUUGUGUGUGUCACAUCCUUUUCCAGAGUCGGGUGUACCAACCUUCCUGCUGUCUCCAGCUUCUCGGUCGCUGUAUAUUAAAGGACCUUCACAAAUAUUUCACCACUAAAAUUGAACCUAACUGAUGUAUUUGUUUUUUGACUACAUGUACACAGGAGGAAUUCUUCUUUUUUAUACGGUUGUAUAUGUAAAUAAUGUAACCUUGUCGGUGCAGCAUUAGAUGAUUCACACUGACAGAAGAGAAACACUGCUCUUUUACAAAAAGGAAAAUCUCUUUUUAUAUUGUACAUCAGUAUGUGUUUUUAUACCAAAAGGGCAAAAAAAAAUAACAGUGUUAGAGGAUGUCCACUGAGUUAGCAUGUACAGAAACGUAUACAAUGUUCGCCUGUGGAGAACAAGCUGGUUUUGUUUUUCUGCCUUCUCCUUCCUACGCCCGUCUCUCCUGCUGAGCUCAGAUGUUCCACUCACACACAGACCUGCCUUUCAUUUGGUUUUGUUGCCGUUGUUGUUGUUGUUGUCGUUCUGUUGGGCCCGAGGUCUUUGCAUUCUCUCAAAGUGUGCCGUGUGUAAAUCUGUGCAACUACGAGUGAGCUUUUAUUUUGUUUUGGUUCUUCUGCUCCACAGAACGUGCUGAACGACGCUCAGAGAAGUAUAAAGAAACAGAAAGCAGAGCCCGGGAUGUCGCACAGGGCUGAGGAGAAGUGUUUUGAUCGGGCAUACCCAAAAAGAAAAAGAAAGGAACAGCAGCUGGUGUUAUUAACUCACAGUAAAAGGACUUAACAAAGUAAAUAAUUACUCAUUAGCCAUCGCUCAUCUCAUCCAGCGGGCUGCUGCUGAUCGAUCUCUGUGAUUGACCGGGCGGUGUUGCUCUGGAAGCAGUUCUUCCAGCCCUGUGUUUACGCCGAGCGCUCUGUACUUCUGUCUCUGGCUACACACUGAGGUUAACAUCCAUCCUGAGUAUUUAUAUUUUUCUUCAUUUUGAAUCUGAAACUGCCGUUCAUGGAGUAGUUUUCAAAGAUGCCAAAAUAAAA